GCCAGAGCUGCGUGCUGGCGCUCCUUAGAACUGUCAGAUCCGUCCGAGCGAAUCUGAAGUCGAUCCGGAUGGCACAACAGAUUCAUCAGAUCCAGUCGAUCCAGUGGGUCUGAGGCACCGCUGCUUUGUGGUUUCUGCUGGGGAUUUCAGCGCCAGAAGGAGGAAGAAAACAAGGAGGAGGACAGAGAAGAGGGGGUCAAAAAAAAACUGCAUUCCUUUAAAAAUUGUUAUCGACCGGCGGAGGGAAGGAGGAGGUCGACAAGUAGGAUCUGAUUGAUCAGGGUUGCAAAUUUUGCACGGUGAAUGUCAGCAAAGCCUCGUCUGCUCGGCGCGCUUCAUUCCUCUGAGGUGAGAGGAGCGUCAGACAGCGUGUCUGCAGGUGCCAUACAAUCAGAUUCAAGUGCAAGGUAGGAGAGAGCCUGUUGAUGCCACUUUUCCAAUGUUGGUUCUCUACUGGACGGGCUGUACCGCUUAUACAAAGCAGGAGAACAUUAAACCGGGGGUUCAUCCCCCAUGGUUUAAUCACAUCCCUUGAUCAACAAUGCUGAAAUGUGUGUUCACUCUAACACUGUGUUUGAAUGGACCCAUUACAGUCUCACUACAGUUGCAUGAUGUGUGUGUGUGUGUGUGUGUGUGUGUGUGUGUGCGCGUCCACUGUAUGCUGGUGAAACACCCCCUCUUCCUAGUCUAAUUCUGGCACAGAGGGCGUAUGUGCAGGGCUGGAAUUACAGCGGUGGCUGCAUCUGCUGCAGUGAGGGGCUUCAACAAGUUUAUAGAGCAGCAGUGACAGACUCCAGAGUGUGGGUGGGUGGAGGGCUCUGAAGGGAGGAAAAAGGAAAAGUGACAGCUGCCAGGGGACUGCAGGAUUAGCGCAUGUGUUUAGGAGAGCUUGCCUUGUGUUCAUUUCAGGGACAGCACAUAGGCAGCAUGGAGCUGAUGAAAAUUGCAUUGUCCCUUCCCAUUCUUCUGUGUCCCGCUUGGGCCUUAUCCCACCACUCCUACCUGGACGGCAUCCUGUCGCCUCGCUCAGCGAUGCAGAGGGGCGUCCUCCCAGCGCUCAGGUUCCUGGAUGAAGCGUUGAGGUUUGACCCCUGUUGUCUCACGUCGCCUCCCCCACCGCCGCUCUUCCCUCCUCCUCCUCUGCUUUGGAAGAGGGGCACGCCUGACGCACUGAGCUUAUUGGAACCGAUCAUUAUCGGAGGUGAAGGACUGGAUAAUACGCAUGUAACCCCAGAGUGUUCACCAGGACCCCCGGGACCCCCAGGGCCCCAGGGUGAAAUUGGAUUGCCUGGUAUAAGGGGACCAAAAGGGAGAAAGGGAGAAAUUGGACGUCCGGGGGCAAGGGGCCGUCCUGGCGCUCCCGGUCCUCCAGGGACACCAGGAUUUCCAGGAUUUCCUGGUCCACAAGGACCCAAAGGAGAAAAGGGAGACUCAGGACUCAUGGGUUUACCAGGGCUGCGAGGUCCACCGGGAACAAAGGGUUUACCUGGUUACAAAGGUGACAAGGGGGACCGAGGCGACCGUGGCUCUGCAGGACCAAAAGGGGACAAGGGCUCAAUUGGUUUGCCUGGGAUGCUCGGACAGAAGGGUGAGGCGGGCCCAAAGGGAGAGCCAGGUGUUUCUGGGAAGAGAGGACCAACUGGGAGACCAGGGAAAAGAGGCAAACAGGGUAUGAAAGGGCAUUCAGGGGCCCCAGGAGUCAUGGGACCCCCAGGACCUGCAGGUCCCAAUGGCCUCCCUGGUCCACCUGGACCUCCAGCAUCAGGUCUCUACUUGGUGGGGGAGAAAGGACAGAAGGGCCUUCCGGGACCACCAGGUCACUGCGACUGUGAUACUGUAAUUGGAUCAAAUAACGCCCCCUUUGGAAACUACUACACAACGCGACGGGGCGGCAACAAACUCACUGCUAUUUUUGUGGUGAACAGUGAGGAGGAGAUGGGUCGCCUUCAUGUCGAAAACGCAAUCGUACUAAGGAAAGAUAAGCGGAUGCUUUACUAUAAGGAUAAAGAUGGCUGGAGCCCCAUUCAGCCCUUUCAGCCGUUCCAGUCCACGGAGACCGUCCCAGAGAGAGCAGGCGUGUGUGGGGACGGGAAGGUGCAGGUCCAGCACGGGGAGGAGUGCGACGACGGAAACCAGAUCGUCACAGACGCUUGUCUCAAUUGUAAGUGGGCCUACUGUGGAGAUGGAUACCGACAUGAGGGUAUAGAAGAGUGCGAUGGGAAAGAUUUUGGUUAUCAGACCUGCAAGUCCUAUCUUCCCGGGUCCCUUGGGCAGCUUAAAUGCACUGAGUCCUGCCUCAUUGAUUCUACCGGCUGCAAGUACUUCACCUGAAUAAAGAAGGCCUCCCUGAAUGAAGAAAUAGUACUUCAGACUUCCUCUGGAGUAUCAAAACUUUGAAACCAACUAGUGAUGCACUGAAAGGCUGCACUAAAGCGAAGCUGAAGUGCCUGCUCCGAGGCAUGAAAAGUCAUGGAAGAAUGUGUUUUUGUUUUUUUACAUCACCUGUAGUACCCUCCACACCUCGAGGUUUGGUCUUGAACAUGCCUCAGAUAACAGCUCCAUGGGCUGCAGCACUGUUAUAAAAUCAUUUCAGAUGGGGACGCAAACAUUUUAAGGAUGUAACGAUUGUGCCAUGUCAAAUACUUACGCUGUUUUAAGACAUGCUGACUGUUAAUGCAGAAAUAAGCUAUGUGCUCUUUCCUACAAAAAGGGUUGUAUUGUAUUGUAGUAUGCAAAUCUAAGGCGGCUGAAUGUUCUUACUCCUGUGCAAUGUAUUACAAAACACGUGUUUAUUAAGUGCAAUGUUGUGUUAUUGCAUGCAAAUGUGUAUAAGCGCACAGCAGACUGCUUUAACUGUUCAAAGCUGUAGCCAUGUCGCGUCCCCUCUAGCAGAGAAAUUGCAAACAAUCCGACAGGAAAACAUGAAUGUCCUUUAGCAAAAACGUAGUGAUAACAUUCGGUUACCGAAGCAGCAUGAUGUAUGAAUGUAAGUGUACAUUUGAUAAAAUAAUAACAUCAAUAAAGACUUGAUCUUCA